AUGGCGAUGCUUAUGAUGGAACAUUCGGAGCCGGCGAUGCAACUGGAGAAUCAGCUGUUUGCCUUGCCGGCUACUCUUACGGACCGUUGGCGUACAGAGCACGAAAAACUCAACCCCACAACAAUUUUGACCGAUAACGGAUCAGCCGGCGACAUCAAUUUUUUCAUUCCACCUAGUACGGCAGGUUUGCUCAGCCUAGCCGAUAUGAUGCUUGAAAUAGAGGUCGGUAUUAAAGUACGCAAGACGACCGGGGAUUGGGAGUUGGUAACUGCUGAAGAUGGAGUUGCACCAGUUAAUAAUUUCCUACACUCGUUGUUUUCAUCCUGUCACGUUACGGUCGCCAACCGCUUGAUCUCGGACGCGGCAACAUUCUACCCGUACCGUGCCUACUUUGAAUCAUUACUGUCAUACGCUAGAGAAGCCCAGGACAGCCAGCUAACUUCCGCUGCAUUCUACUUAGAUACGCCCGCUAAAUUCAACGACGAAGCUCUCAACAAAGGUGAAAAAAACCGCAAAGCAUUGUUUCAAACAGGACAAUACGUGCAGCUGUCCGGUAAGCUAUUUUCCGAUCUAUUUGAUCAGAGCAAACCUUUGUGCACGGGUGUACCACUGAACAUACGUCUAGUGGUGAGUCGACCGGAAUUCGCGUUGCGUACGUGGGAUAAAGAUGCAACCAAAUCGUUUAAGCCGUUUAUUCGGAAUGCUCGACUAGCCGUGCGGCGAUAUAUACCUUCACCUGAUUUUCUAACAGCAGUUGCGGGAGAGUUAUUGAAAAAAACAGUCAAAUAUCACAUUGAGCGUGUGGUAAUGCGUGUGUCUGAUAUUCCCCAGAAAACGCAAAGCACCGUGAUUAGUAAUCUUCAAAUCGGACAAAUUCCUAAAGUUGUCUUUAUCGGAUUUGUCGACAGUGAAGACUUUCAUGGCACCCUAAAGAAAAAUCCCUUUAACUUUCAACACUUCGGUAUUACGCAGAUCAGUGUCGAAGUCGACGGACAAAGCUAUCCAACAAAACCGUACAUGUGCGAUUUCGAGCGCAAUAUGUCGUUGGAAUGCUAUGAUGGAUUGCUGGACACGUUGGGACAUCGACCCAGUUUACAAAAUGGAUUGCCUUUUGACCGUACCGAAUACAACCAAGGGUUCACCAUAUUCGGAUUUGAUUUGACACCAGGACACACUGGUCGUGGCCCACUAACGCUGAUAAAGCAAGGCAAUCUAAGUGUAUCGGUAGCCUUCAGUAAACCGUUGAGUUCAACGAUUAUGAUGGUUUGCAUGUUAAUAUAUGACAGCAUUAUUGAGAUAAUCAGCACCGGCAAUUAA